UGCAAUUACUACAUGUCCCACAAUGCACCGCGGCUGUCAGUUUCAGCUGAGAGCCGUUGCGCUACACUGGCAAAGAGCACACCACCAGACGGGCUGACUUUUUCAGUUGCAGUGAUUUACUGUAAACAUGGACCAAGACAACAAAUCAGAGGAUGAGUCAGUCGGCCCAUCAGAAGAUGCUUCGGAAGAGGAGCUGCCUUGCCUUCCUCCAGGGCUCUCUGAUGGUGAAGCGAUGGAGCUUCUCUGGCAGUUGCGAGCGCAGCGUCGCCAGGCGUCUCCUAAGCUCCCAGAGACGGUGACUCGCCUUACUGCCCCAGAUGGCAGCAUCCUGUACCUGGUGGGCACUGCACACUUCAGCGACAGCAGCAAAAACGACGUUGCCAUGACAAUACGCGCUGUGCAGCCAGACGUUGUGGUGGUGGAGCUAUGUCAGUACAGGGUGUCCAUGUUGAAGAUGGACGAGAACACGCUGCUGAGGGAAGCCAAAGAAAUCAACCUGGAUAAGGUUCAGCAGGCCAUCAAACAGAAUGGGCUAAUGUCUGGUCUGAUGCAGAUUCUCCUGCUCAAGGUUUCAGCUCACAUUACAGAACAGCUGGGCAUGGCUCCUGGAGGAGAGUUCAGGGAGGCCUUCAAAGAGGCUGGACGUGUGCCGUUCUGCAAAUUUCAUCUUGGAGACAGGCCAAUUCCUGUGACGUUUAAGAGGGCUAUUGCUGCUCUCAGUCUGUGGCAGAAGGCCCGUCUAGCCUGGGGUCUUUGUUUUCUGUCAGAUCCAAUCAGUCUGUCAUAUUUCAGCAAAGAAGACGUUGAAAAGUGCAAACAGAAGGACCUUCUGGAGCAGACUAUGUCAGAGAUGAUUGGCGAGUUUCCUGCCCUCCACCAGACCAUUGUGGCUGAAAGAGACAUCUACCUCACACACACGCUCCGCCAGGCUACAUGCAGUGUGGAGGCCCCCCCUAAUGCCCAGAAGGUGCCUGCUGUGGUGGUAGGAGUAGUGGGGAUGGGUCAUGUCCCUGGCAUAGAAAAAAACUGGGAGAAGCAGCUCAACAUUAAUGAAAUCAUGAGCGUUGCUCCUCCCUCACGGUUUGGCUGGGUACUGCGCAUGGUCACGAGGGGCGUCAUGGUGGGCAUGCUGGGAUACGCCUGUUACUAUGCUGGAGGGAGCGUUGGUAGAGCCCUGCUGUCUUCAAGAGCAGUAAAGUCUGUGCUGGAGACUCUACGGCCACCCCGUGCUUGACCCUUGUGGCAUUACCAAAGCCAUCAGUGACAUGACCUCUCUGAAAACAAUGCAUCCAUCACCAAUGGCCUUAAAACGAGGAGGUGAGGCUCGAGGAAGCCCCAGCCACAGUUUGAACUAACAAGGACCUCAGGGGACUAAGACACCCCACCUCGUAUUGACUUUCCUGUAGACACAGCAGGGCUGUACUGCCAAAGAAACCAUGACAGUACUCUUUGUUUUCUCUCAUAUAUUUUGUGCAACUCCAAUGUUUUGUAAGGUAUACAAAUUCCAGUAAUUGCUUUUGAAUAGGUUUAAUUUCUCCACUAUUCUUUCUGGUGAAUCAGGCUCAAUUCACACAGAUGUUUGCCCUACAUGUGAGCGUUCAUGUAGCCCUAAGAGAAUUUAACACAAUACCAGAAUGGGUUUGUGUGUUCAAAGCGUAUUGCACACCAAAGCGUAGCACAGCUGGUUGUAACUCAGAUAGGAGUUACAACUUUUUAACACUUAUACAGACAGCAAAGUUCUCUUCCAGUAAUGAGAAAGCUGCAUUUUUCCAUGGAGAAUGAAAGUCUGUGUGAAUGUGGCCUCACACAUGGACAUUUUAAUCACCAACAGAAUGACUUUGGGUCAACUGAUACAACUGAGCCAUUUUUCGGAGGCACACUUUUUUAUUGCUGCGUUCUCAUUCUUUCUCCUUCCUGGUGCCAGCCAGCAUUUUUUGGUAAUUGGCCCAGUUAAAAUCCAGCACUUUAUAGGAGAUAAGAGGAGUCUUGCAGAGUCUGUGAACAGGAAAAAAAAAGGAAAACAAACAAUGAUCUAUUGUAACAUCUAUGGUUUGCAAGAAAUUAAAAAAACUAAAAGUACCAAAUUAAUUUAAAAUACAUUUCCAAAACGUGAAUAAGUAAAAUUAGCUUGCACAGUCCUGGCUGCAUCAACAUAAGUGCCUCAUGCUGCAGCUGUGUGGACUAAAAUUGAAUAAACAAAAUGGCAGAAAAUUUGAUUUGUACUAAUUUGAGACCCAAAUAUUGCCCAAAAACUAGACAUUGAAUUUUUAUUUGCUUCUAAAUUGCAUGUCAUUCUACUAUUUGAUAACUACGCAACCAAGGCCUGACACAGGGCAAACUUAAACGUGCCUCAUAAUGAGAAAUGCGUUAGAGAUGUGAUCUGUGUAAUUGAUUGUACUUUUGAUAUGAGGCACCUUCAUGCUUAGGUUUUAACCAGCUCUAUCUCUGAGUGAAGCUUUAUACCGAAUACGAAAAUAUGCAUCUUAAACAGAAAGCCAUCUAAAAAGCUUGGAUCCAAGAACAUCUGACAUUCAGCACAGCAGCUGUUUUGUAACUUUAUGAUACAGUAUAUGCAUCUUCAUGUCCCACUCUGGAGCAUGGGCACGAAAGUGAGAUGUGUUUGCUUAAAAUUUGUUCAGAUAUGGGAGGUAAUGCCUUACGCUGCAAUCACUGCUGCCUUUCCCAGUGAGUUUAAGCCGUAACAACUUAAUUUAACGGUUGCUAGGCUAUAAACUAUCAUUUUUCUCAAGUUUUCCUAAUAUUCAAGUAAUUUAUUUAUAGUAUAUUAUAGGUAUAUUUAUGCAGUUUGUGAAAUGAUCCAGGAAAAAAUAUGGUUUAAGAAAUUUAAAUCUGAAAAGCAUAAUUAGAUCCCUUACAGGAUGUCCACACAUUUAUGUUUUAUCAAAUAAUCAGUCCAAAUACAGAGGGCAUUAUAGGCAUGGAACCUCUUGGACCCUCUGCGGUAUAAUAUAGCCAAACUGUCCUUCUUUCCUGCAUAGCCAGUCAUUUCCAAAGGUAUAAUCAAUGUGAGACUUGCCAAGAAAAUUGUAUGAAUGGCUGCAUUUGAUUCCCCUGCCCUAGUGUUGUAUUGCUAUUAUUAACUAACCAAACAAUCAAUCCCAAAAUCUGUAAUAAAUUUGAAAAUCUAUUGAGUAAAGAUGAAUUAUAUUUGCUUCAGA